CAAAACAAGACAUCUGUCUACUUUGUCUGUCUGUCUGUCUGUCUGUCUGUUCCGUCAUCAUUUGUUGGUAACAGGAAAGUUUUGAGAUAUUUAUGUGGAUAUUCAGAAAUUUAAGCUGCAAAGCCACUUAGGUGUGAAGUUGGACAUUUAAAUUUCAUAAUGAUUGUCUUAACUAUGAUAGCGCGUAUUGGUGAUGGCUUAAUUUUAACCGAAUCUGUUCAACACGACGAAGAGACAGGUAGAAAUACUUAUGAAUACCACAGUCAGGCCAAAUCCAUUUUAAGGAAACUGAAUGCUCAGUCUGUUCCUGUUUGUAGUAUAGAAACUGGACCUUAUUAUUUCCACUAUUUAAUUCAUGAUAAUGUGUGCUAUCUUGCAUUGUGUGAGAAAGCAUUUUCCAAGCGAUUAGCCUUUGCAUAUUUGGAAGAUCUAAAAAAUGAAUUUAGUACACAUUAUGGGAAAAUGGUGGCAACUGCGCUUAGGCCUUAUAGUUGUAUUGAAUUUGAUACCUAUAUGCAAAAGGCCAAAAAAUCAUAUUCUGAUAAUCGAGCGAGACGUAAUCUUACAAAUCUAAAUUCAGAACUGCAAGAUGUGCAGCGGAUUAUGGUUCAAAACAUUGAUGAUGUUUUGCAGCGAGGUGCUGCUCUUUCAGAAUUAGAUUCCAAAGCAAGCAAUCUCUCCCUCUUGUCUGAGAAGUACAAAAAAGAUGCUCAUUUCUUGAAUAUUAGUUCUGCCUAUACGAAAUUAGCUGCCGCAGCAACUGUGGUCUUUGUUGUAUUUUUAUAUUUUUGGAUAUUGUAAAAUUAUGCCUUUAAUAUAACAUAUAAUAAAUAUAUUGUGAUCAUUUGAAAGAUUGAAAGGAAUAUUUGCAUGCAAAAUAUGACUUAAAAUCUUUUCAGUAUUUGCUUGGCCACUGUUUUAUUUUUCAGAUACUAAAAUUUCAUAUGUUAGAAGUAACUGUCUAACAUGUAAUUUUUGUGUGUAUAUGAUUCUAAAAUUAUAACCAGUAUUCCAGUGUUUAAAGUUUUUUAUAUUUAAAUUUUUUUGCAUGCAAAUAUUCCUUUUUUUUUUUUUCUUCUUAACAAAUCUCUGCUUAUUUAGACACCUUUCCUAAUCAUCUGGUAUGUUUAGAAAGGUUGUAUCUAUAAAAAAAUAUUUUGUAAUUUCUGUAUUACGAAGACAAACUAUGGACCGUUUAAAUAGAUAAUUUUCUUUGUAUUAUGGCACUGGUAGCUUUUAUUGUUUGUGUUGAAGAUAUGCUGUAUUAUCUUUUGUAUUCUUCAGAGAUGUAUGUACUGUUUGAAUUUUAUUCUUCUUCAUAAUAAAAGUAUUCUAAAAUCA